AUGUCGACUUGCCAACGCCACUAGCAACUAGCAGUUUAUGUGGCAAUACUUGUUUUCAUUAAAACAAACCAAACACGCAUAAAACCGGUGUGUCUUUUUAACUCCUUACAUUCCCUUCAUAAGAUAAACUCUCUCUCUCUCUCUCUCUCUCUCUCUCAACUUUUGAAACAUGAAUUUCCAACAACUCCCUCAUCUCUUUCUUCAACAGAUUCCUAAUUUGAGAAACUCGAGUGUAAUCAAGACUAGUAUUAUGAAGGAAGAGACUAAAUGUGCACAGAUGACAAUCUUUUAUGAUGGGAAAGUACUUGUAUUUGAUGAUGUUCCAGCUGAAAAAGCCAAGGAUAUUAUGGUCUUUUCUGCCAGAAAUCAUGUUCAAGAACAUCCUCAAGUAGCAUCCACACCUGUUAUUUAUGAUUUACCAAUGACUAGGAAAGCUUCACUUCAUCGGUUCUUGGAGAAAAGAAAGGAUAGAAUUGCUGCAAGAGCACCAUAUCAAACAAGUAAUCCAACAGUGACUCUUAGUAAGCCGAUUGAUGAACAUAUGUCAUGGCUUUCUUUGGCACCACAAUCACCACAAGAUCACAAAUCUGAGUGUAGCUCUACCUCUGUGUUAUUUUAAUUUAACUGUUCUGUUGCUGCUGGAUGGAUUCCAAUAUUGUAUGGAAUUCUCUGCUAGUCCUGUGUAACUGUGUUGUUUCUAUGAACUGUAUCAGUGAGAUGCGUGUUUCUGUAUUUUUGUAGGACUGGGUCCUAAGCUAUGCUCACAAAAAUGUGUAUACAUAUUUAUGAAUGUUGUGGCUCAUGCUUAUUAGUAACAUUAUUCAGACUUUAGUUA